AUGCGUCCACAAAAUCCUCACGGAACCAAAAAGGUCAAACGAUCAUCCACAGUCUCUCCUCCAGUUUUUCAGGACGUUUCCGAUCAUGAUGAAGAUGGAGAUGAAGUGAUUGAUAUUACUUCGGAACAAGAUCCUCACCAAGGAACCACAUCAUCAAAUCCGAUCAUUGAGGAAAGUCAUUUGGAUCAAGCACAAACAAGAAGGAGAAGCAGUAGUGGAGGAAGUAGUGCAAGUAGUGCCGGACGACAUCGUAGACAUCAUCGUGAUGAUCAUCAUCCAACUCAUGGUGUUGGCUUCGAAGAAUUGAGUGAUGAAGAAGCAGAGGAUGUAGAAGUCAUUCAAAAUCCAGCAAAUUAUGUUCACAAAGAACCUCAUCAUCAAGUGGAAAUUCAAGAUGCACAGCAACAACAACAACGACAGGUACAAUCUGCACGUCCUUUCCAAAUCGAAGAACAAUUAGAGCAUGAAGAAAGUGAAGGAGAAGACGAGGAGGGUAAUCGUUACAUUCGUACCACCAAAACCUUUGAAUCACCUCAAGGAGGUUUGAAAACAACAACCACACACAAAGUCAUUGAUCGAGAGGGUCGAGUCAUUUCCACCAGCACCUCAACCACAUCCAAGUCAAGCAGUGGUGAUAUUCCCGUGUUCGUUAGAAAGCAACAACAGGUUUCUUCACAUCCAGGUGGUGGCAGCUUCUCUUCAUCCACACUUUCCUUUUCCUCUUCUUCAGCACCUUCAAUGAACCGACAAGCACAAAUUUCUACACCAUUCAAUGCCUCCUCCAACAAUAAUAAUGCAGGAAGUACCAUGAUGAAUGUCGCCAACAAUGAUCCAUUUGGAAACUUUAUGAAUCCAUUUGCAAAUGAUCCAUUCUUUUCUCGUCCUUUUGGAGGAUCCAUCUUUGAUAAUGAUCCUUUCUUCUCGAAUCCAUUUGGAUCGAUCAUGGAACAGCAGAGAAAUAUGAUGAGAUCAUUUCAAUCCAGAAUGCAACAGCAACAACAACAAUUCUUUCAACAACAGCCUCAAUUUCCAAAUCAAUCACAAUUUUCGAAUAUGAGAUCUCAACAACCUAACCAGCAGCAGCAACAAUUCUUUGGCCAACAAAAUGCAGGUCCUUAUGUAAAUCCAUCAAAUUUCAAUCCUCAACAACAGCAACCAAGACAACCUUUCGGUCAAUAA